ACCAACCUGACUGAUGAUGAAAUAUAGGAGAUUAAAGCAGGAUUCAGCAGGAACGAUAGAUUCAUGAUGGGUCUGGAGUUAGCAAGCUAACGUUAGCAACAUUAGCUAACGUUAGCAACAUUAGCUAACGUUAGCAACAUUAGCGUCAAGGAAUAGAACCAUCAUAUGUUCAUUUCCAGCUAAAACACUGAUACUAGUGUUAAACCAAGGUGCAGGUUUUGGUGACAGAGAACAAGGGAAUUCGGAGGUUUCUGAAGUUACACCGAGGGUCAAGUGUCAGAAUUAGCAUCAGUUUAGAGAUGUGGAAGCGAGGAGGACGAAGCACAGCUCUGGAACGAGCCGAAGCUCUGCUGUUGACCAGGAAAAGACCAACAAACACAGACAGUGUAGUGAAGGGCACAUCUGUUCCCCCAAAGGCUCUAACCUCAGACCUGAAUGACCCUUCAGUCACUUCUGAUUCUGAGGGAGCUGUGGGCGUCCUGGGAUCUACUGGCACUGAGAAAUCUAUGGAAGGAGGACGGAGUAGGUUUCUGAAGAAAGCUCCAACAUCUGCAACGCUCAGCAAAAGCCCAGUUCAGCACAGGCCGGAACCCAGGUACAGACCAGAAUCCAGGUUCAGACCAGAACCCGGAUAUCUGGCGUCUUCUCACCAUAGUUCCCAGAGUUCUGCCUUAAGUCCGCUUGCACAAACCGAGAACCGCAGCUCUAGAAGUAAGCGAAGCAGGCAUGACCUGGGCGUGUCAGCAGCAGGAGCCCAGUCAGCUGAGGCUGCCACGGUUCUGUCAGCCCGGUUCAGCCCUGACCACAGUCUGGACAAGAGACCAUUCCUCAAGAACACAACAGCUAGAUCUGCUGUGACCGCGGGUCCAAAAAGAAACCAGUCUGGUGCCAUGCCCCCAUCUGAUGACGCUUCAGUGCCUGUGGUUGGAGUGACACCGUCAGCAAGAGGAGUGAGUGGAGUGAGUGUGGACAGUGAUGAGGAGGACAUGAAGAGACUGUUGGAGGAGUCUGAAGGUUCAACACACCACACCAGAAGACCAGGAACAGCUGCUUCUACGAGAGCCACAGACAAGACGUCAAACAGACAGAGUCAUAAAGUCAUCGGGUCUUCUGUGGCGUCUGCCCGGCGCCCUUCGCCCUCUGACCCGUCCCCUCCUCGCCAUAGGUCUCCUCUUGGAUGGACCGGUGCAGCUCUGAACCCCCCCAGCCCUGCUGUUCUCUCUCCGUCCCCCCGUCGUUCUUCUGCGCCCCCUUCACCUCCAGACAGCCCAGUGUCCACCUACAGGAAGGCCCGCCCCAGUCGUCCACAGCGCUCACCAUCCUCUACCUCCAGCCUGCGGGGGGCGCUGUCUGUGGAGGAACUCUUUCCUGUGGACCGUCAUUCAAACGACUCUGGCAGUGAAAUGAGCUCAGCCUCUUCUGAAGACUUUAAGAUUAAUGUGAUGGGAUUAGACGACCUUGUGCCUGGAUUUACUGAGGAAACAGGAGAAAAGAAGCUCUGCGGUUCUCCUGAUGUUGGACCCUCAGAUGGACUGAAGGAGGAGGAGGUGCUGGACUACCACAGUGACUUUGACCCUGUGACCUGGACUGAAUCCAGUACCAGUCAGAUCUCAGAGCACAUACUGGGAGAGGGUGAGGAGGAGGAGCCGGGGUCAGAGGUCAGAGAGGACACUGCAGGGUCACGUUUGUCCUGCCAGAAGACAGAAGAUCAUGGUACAAGUUCAGUGUCGGACACCAGUCCGAACUGCUCGUUAACGACUUCGGAUCGCAGCCAGGAUACAAAAGCAUCCGGCGGCGUGCGACGGCGUGGAUUCACUGAACCACAUGAUAGUAAGACCUCAGUCCCCGGUCCCAGAGGGCUCCACUGGGUUCCAUCUGUUGGUCUGACACGUACCAGCCACAGAACAUUCACAUCAUCUGUCACAGAGUGUCAGUGGAGAUAA